UCGGUUCUCUCUCAGUUCUCGGAUCAUGAGGAGGGUCUUCGUGCGGCUUCCGUGGCUGACCAACGUCACUCUGUACGGCUGCCUGUUCGCCGGCGGGGAUCUGGUCUAUCAGAGCUUCUCUGGGAAGGACGGAACCGACUGGAGACACACGCGGAACGUGGCCGUCGUCGGCUUCAGUUUCCAUGGCAACUUCAGCUUCUUCUGGAUGCGCUUCCUCGAGCGCAGGUUUCCCGGGAAUUCCGCCGGGAUGCUGAUCCGAAAACUGAUCCUGGAUCAGACCGCAGCGGCUCCUUUGGCCACCAGCGUCUUUUACACCGGUGUCAGUUUUUUGGAGGGCAAAGAGGACGUCAUGAAGGAUUGGAGAGAAAAAUUCUUCAAUACGUACAAGACGGGUCUCAUGUUCUGGCCGUUCAUGCAGUUUUUGAACUUCGCUUUGUCCUUCACCGGAUGCUGCGCGUUCGUCUGGGCUACCUUCCUGUGCUUCUCGCAUCGGAGCGGCGACGGCACCGCCGGAGCAGCUCUGGCCUGGAUGUUCCCCCCGAAAGAGGACAAAGCUGGAUCCACAAAGGUGCACGUGGACUCCAAAGACAGGACGGCGCCAUCCAACCCCACAGAGGACUGAGAUGUGCAGAACCAGUCGUAACCGUCAGCUCACCUGGUGGUGCAGCGUCCU